AUGGACUGGGGCACGGACCUUUGGGACCAGAAUGACCACAUCGAUAAGCACACGCAGGCCGGCCUGGACCUGGUGGAACGAUACAUCAAGUUUGUGAAGGAGCGCAGCGAGAUCGAGCAGAGCUACGCCAAACAGCUCAGAAGCCUCACCAAGAAGUACACCAAGCGGACAAGCAAGGAGGAGCAGGAAUGCAAAUUCAGCAACCAUGCAGCCUUCCAAGACAUCCUCAAUGAGAUGAACGACUAUGCGGGGCAGAGGGAGCUGGUGGCCGAGAACAUCAUGACCUCCAUCUGCGUGGAGCUCACCAAGUUCCUGCAGGAGAUCAAGCAGGAGCGCAAGACGCACCUAUCGGAUGUGAAGAAGGCCCAGCAGACCCUGGAGAGCAGCUUCAAACAUCUGGAGAGUACAAAGAAGCGAUUUGCCAAAGAGUGGGCUGAGGCAGAAAAGGCCACGCAGCAGGCUGAGAAGACUGAGAAUGACCUGAACGCCACCCGCCUGGAUGUGGAGAAGGCCAAGCACUAUGCGCACAGCCGCACCCACGUGGCCGAGGAAAGCCGCAGUGACUACGCCGCCCAGCUGCAGAAGUACAACAAGGAGCAGAACUUCCACUAUUACACUGACGUCCCACAGAUAUUCAACAAGUUGCAGGACAUGGAUGAGCGUAGGAUUCGGAGGCUGGCGGAAGGCUACUGCCAAUUCUCAAACAUCGAGAAGAAGGUGCUCCCCAUCAUCACAAAGUGUCUCGAGGGCAUUACUGCAGCCGGAACGCGCAUCGAUGCCAAGCAGGACUCCAUCCUCUUCAUAGAGCAGCACAAGUCAGGUUUCGAGCGUCCGGCAGACGUGGACUUUGAGGACUACUCUCAGGGGAUCAAAGCGUCUAGCUCAGAGUCCAGUUUAAAUGCACCCAAGGUCAAGGCCAAGCUGUGGAUCUUCAGCAAGAGGCAGAAGCCUGUAGAAUCAGAGGACUUCUCUCACCUCCCCCCAGAGCAGAGGAAAAAGAAGCUCCAGGCCAAGAUCGAGGAGAGCACCAAGGAGCUGCAGAAGGCCCAGGACAGCAGUGAAGCCCUGGAGAAGAUGAAGUCGGUGUACGCCACUAACCCGGGCUUAGGAGACCCCAGCAGCCUGGAGCCUAGCAUCUCGGAGACGGCUCAGAAGAUUGGCAAACUGAAGGGAGAGCUCGUUAAGUAUGAGACGUGGUUAUCAGAGGCCAUGGGAGGAGAGGACUCUCCCAUCCCCGACACUAACCAGCACACUGUGAACACAGAGGAGUUCCCUGACCCCCCGGAGCCCCCUGCACUGAGCCUCUACACAGACUUCUCUGAGUUUGACGAGGUCUACGGACAGUACACAGUCCUCUACGCCUUUGACGGCAAAGACGAGGGCACAGUGGCCAUCAGCCCUGGAGAGAAGCUCAGUGCGGUGGAGGAGGACCAGGGCGAUGGCUGGAUGAGGGUGCUCAAGGCCAACGGAGAAGAAGGCUACAUCCCAUCCUCCUAUGUGCAGCCGCUAUAG